GGACCAGGAUUUGUUCAGUUCCUGUAACCUCCCCCCCCCCCCCUCCUCCUGCUCUAGCUGGGGUUUCAGGGAGAAUGAAGCGAGUGUCCAGGCGCUGUCAGAGGGUCCCCAUCCGCAGGGAGUGAGUCCUGACCCCCGGGCUGCCAUGGCUCACUCUCACCAGGGACUGCUCCUCUUGCUGGCUCUGCUCUUCCCCAGCUGGGAGAUCGUCUACAGCCUGAAUUGUUCUGAUGCAGCAGUCUCUAUUCUACCUGUGAACACCACGGCCCUGAACGUUAGCUGGACAAAUCUGACAGAAGAUCUUAAAUUGAUUCAGGUGACUUUAGAAAAUGUCACGAAAACAGCCAAUCAGAGCUGGAGCUAUAUGAUAUUCGAUGGUUUGGCAAAAGGGAUGAAUUAUACUGUUUCAAUUUGCAUUGAAUACGUGAAUAACACAUGCAACACAGUACAGCAAGUACAAUCAGGAACGACAAAUCCUUCUCCGGUCACCAGUCUUUCUGUGGUGAAUAGCACGACAGAGUCACUGACGAUAAACUGGACAGUGCCCAAUGAUACACGAGUCUCUGUAUACACAUACAAUAUUACAGUCACGAGCUAUACUGGAUCUUCAAUUGGGACGAACUCCACUGGGACAGGAGAGGAUGUGUUCCAAGUGCACGGUCUAGAACCCGGGCUCAGAUAUAACCUGACAGUGAUGGCAGUCACUCCCGAGAGCACACUGAGUGACCCCAAGACUACAGGAGGCACCACAAAUCCUUCUCCGGUCACCAGUCUUUCUGUGGUGAAUAGCACGACAGAGUCACUGACGAUAAACUGGAUAGUGCCCAAUGAUACACGAGCCUCUGUAUACACAUACAAUAUUACAGUCAUGAGCUAUAAUGGAUCUUCAAUUGGGACGAACUCCACUGGGACAGAAGAGGAUGUGUUCCAAGUGCACGGUCUAGAACCCGGGCUCAGAUAUAACCUGACAGUGAUGGCAGUCACUCCCGAGGGCACACUGAGUGACCCCAAGGCUACAGGAGGCACCACAAAUCCUUCUCCGGUCACCAGUCUUUCUGUGGUGAAUAGCACGACAGAGUCACUGACGAUAAACUGGACAGUGCCCAAUGAUACACGAGUCUCUGUAUACACAUACAAUAUUACAGUCACGAGCGAUACUGGAUCUUCAAUUGGGACGAACUCCACUGGGACAGAAGAGGAUGUGUUCCAAAUGCACGGUCUAGAACCCGGGCUCAGAUAUAACCUGACAGUGAUGGCAGUCACUCCCGAGGGCACACUGAGUGACCCCAAGACUACAGGAGGCACCACAAAUCCAACGGCUGUCUCUAAUCUCUCUGUGGUGAAUAGGACAACAGAGUCACUGACAAUAAACUGGACGUUGCCCACUGAUACACGGGCCUCCAAUUACACGUACAACAUCACAGUUACAAAUGAUGCUAAGUAUUUCAUUGCAUCCUACAGCAUUGCACCAGGACAGAAUGUGUUCCAAGUGCCAGCUUUGAAACCUGGGCUCAGAUAUAACCUGACAGUGAAGGCAGUCACUCCGGAGAACACACUGAGUGAACCCAAAAUUAUAGAAGGCACCACAAAUCCAUCCACAGUUUCUCAACUGUCUCUGGUGAACAGGACCACAGACUCACUGACAAUAAAAUGGACAGUACCCAGUGAUAAGCGAGUCUCUGAGUACGUGUACAAUAUUACAGUCAAAAGCAAUACUGGCCCUUUCCAUGUGACCUACUCCACUGCACCAGGACAAGAUGUGUUCCAAGUGCCAGACCUGGAACCGGGGCUCAGAUACAACCUGACGGUGAAAUCAGUCACUCCAGAGAACAUGCCAAGUGACCCCGUGAUUGUGCAAAUCACCACAAAUCCUUCUCUGGUCACCAGCUUGUCUGUGCAGAACAGGACAACCGAGACACUGGUGAUAACAUGGAAAGUACCGAAUGACAGACGAGCCCUUGAGUACACGUACAAUAUCACAGUCACGGAUGAUACUGAACCUUCCACUGAGACCUACUGCAUUGAAGGGAACACGUUCCAAGUGGCAGCCCUGAAACCCGGGCUCAGAUAUGAACUGAUAGUGAAGGCAGUCACUCCAGAGAAGACAAUAAGUGCCCCUGAGAUUGUCAAUGCCACCACAAACCCUUCUCCAGUCACCAAUCUAACUGUGACCAACAGGACAUCAGAAACCCUGACCCUGCACUGGAGAGAAUCCAAUGAUAUGAGAGUAUCGGACUACACGUACAGGGUCAGUGCUGUGUCUGAAAACUUCAGUGCAACCAACAGUACAUUACCUGGAAACACGAAUUUUCAAGUGAGAUCCCUUGUCCCUGGCAUAUAUUAUAACAUGGAGGUGGAAUCGGUCACACCUGAGGACACUAGCAGCACUCCGGAGAGACUGAGUUUUGCCACCUUUCCUGGUACCGUCUCCGGAAUCUACUGCAGCGAGUCCUCAGGUUACUCGAUCCUUGUGAAAUGGAGCAAACCAAAGGGCAACUAUACUGGAUUUAACAUCUCCACAUUCGACGGAGACCACUCACUGCACACCAUGACCAUCAGGAAGAAGUCCAAAUACCUGGUUGAAAAUUUGCAGCCUGGACGGAAAUACACAUUCCAUAUCUACACCCAAACUGGCCAGUCUUACAGUGCGAGGAUAACUCAGCAAUGUUGGACCAAGUCAACACCUAUCAUCAUUGGAGCAGUCAUUGGCUCUCUCCUGGGCCUGAUUCUUAUUGGUUUGUUGCUGUUUUUCAUCAUCACCAAACGAGUACCAUGGGGGAAAGAAACAGACCCUGACCUUUCACUAAUGUCUGCUCCCCCCAAAGAAUUCAAACCCAUCCCUCUGAGCGAAUAUGAGAUUUACUUUCAGAGAAAGCAUGCCGACGCUGAUUUUGGGUUUGCUGAGGAAUACCAGAGUCUGAGCACCGUGGGCAUCAAUCAGCCGCUGGAAGCUGCCCUGCUUGAGGACAACAAAGGAAAGAAUCGAUACACUAACGUCCUGCCAUAUGAUGCAUCCCGGGUUAAACUCACUGCUCAGCCAGAGAGUGACAUUUUGGACUACAUCAAUGCCAAUUACAUGCCGGGUUACAAGUCGAGCAACGAGUUCAUCGCUGCCCAGGGGCCUUUGCCCAGCACGGUGCCGGAUUUCUGGCGGAUGGUUUGGGAGCAGAAGACGGACGUUAUUGUGAUGCUGACAAACUGCACGGAAGGAGGUCGGUGGAAAAAUGUUCAACAAGCAGAUGAAAUGUUUUCAAAAGAAGUAGUUAGUGACAAAGGAAAGAAUCAAGCAAGAAAGACUCUUGUUUUCUAG